AUUCUAGCAGACGACGUGUGCGGUGUAGAGAAACGUCAAACGUAUAAUAAUAUUUGGGUCAAACAAAAUUUUACACUUUACAGUAUUUUCUAUUCAUGAAUUUUAGUCACUUUUGACUGAAAAAUGACACAUGAACAUAAGAAAGGAAAGCGAAAAGAUGCACAAAAGGAGAAAGCUGUAGAGAAAAAGGAAAAGGAGAAAAUAAAAACUGAGGAAAAGUCGACAAAGCCCGAGACUGAAUAUGUCAAACCAAAAUAUGGAUCAAGUCUGAUGUUUCCAUAUCAAAAAGUAUGGUCCAGAAGUAUCGUAAUUCUUGCCAUUCUUUUCAUUGUGUGGUACAAUUCAAAAGAUGGAAAAGAAAUCUCAUUGGCUUUGCAAAAAGACAUAUUAAUAAGUCGUCAACAAAAUGUUGAUUGCUCGGACAGUUAUAAGGGAGAAAUGGACAAAUUUCCCGGCUGCAUGCCGGAAAAGUGUGCACGAAUAGUCACGGAUAAAUUAGUCUCAGCCACGGAAACUGAUGUUUUAUUAAAAUUAGCAAUCAAUGGAAUGAAUUUAGGAGGAUCUGAUGGAGGAGCCAGUAUUCUUGAUCUCCAUUCCGGUGCUUUGAGUAAAGGCCCUGGAUUUAUGAAUCUUUAUGACAUGAAAGAGGCGAAGGAGAUUUUCAACAAUGCAGAUUUUGCUAUUUACAAGGUGGUAAAAACCAAAAUACAACACGCAAUAGCACAUCAUUUUGGAGUUGAUUCGGAUAAAAUAUAUUUGACAAAGCCGACAUUCUUUUCACGAAUUACAAAUCUUCCGGCGAAAACGAUUCACGAUGAAUAUUGGCAUCCGCAUGUGGAUAAAGUCACUUACGAAUCGUUUCACUACACAUCGCUUUUGUACUUAAACGACUUUAACAAAGACUUCAAAGGAGGGCGAUUUUUGUUCGUCAAUAAACACAGCGCCAAUGCAACAAUUGAACCUAGGAAAGGGCGAGUAUCAAUGUUCACGUCCGGUGCUGAAAAUGUUCACAUGGUGGAGAAAGUAACUUCCGGAACUCGUUACGCUUUAACGGUUUCCUUUACGUGUGAUAAAAAAUUCGCAAUUUCAGAUCCAAGACUACCUAUAGAUCCAAAGCAAACAUAAUUUAUCUCUAGUUCAAUUUGCGUCCAUUCGUGUUGAGUGCUUGCUUACUAUUUCUUACACUGAAAGAAAGUAGAAAACGAUUUUUUUGUAAUUAUUACUACCAUUGGUAAUUUUUACCAUUACUAAUAAUAAGGUAAUUAUUAUAUUACCAAUACCAAUAAUUAAAUUGUCAAUAGAUGGAUCGAAAGUAAAAUGCUACCCAACAAUAUUUUCCGUUUUGCUCGUAGUGUGUUUUUUUGAUACAUUAAUAAUAAUUAACCAAAACAAAAAUUGCUUCGAUCGAAUUAAAUUUAUUUUCGAUCCAUCGAAAAUUCUUAGGAAUUUAGGAAAAUUAAAAAAUACUAGAAUUUUAAGGAAGAAACUUUUAAGAAGGAGACUUUAGGGAAAUAUUUGAAAGUUUCUUAUAAAGUAUUUUAAACAUUCUGAAUUUGUUUCAAAGCAUUUUUCUAAAGAUAAGAAUAAAUAUAAAUUAGUAAGAUAAUUCUUUCAGUGUAGAACGACUAUUGUGUGAGAAUUUUUAUUGUAUUAAGAUUUUAUGUGACUGAUUGAAUCUGUACCUGUAAAAAGUAUUGUAAUAGCAACACAAGUCAUUCCAGUAUUAAAUAAGAUUUUAAUUCUA